CACCAUUACAUGCUUGCACGAUUGUCACACUUUUGAAAAACUAUCGCCACGAAAAUGGCUUGUUUUGUUUCUUGUAUGCAGAGGACUGCGUAUUUGAAUAGAGGUUUGAAUUCUGUCAGAACGUUCGUAACAUCACACAACUUCCUUUCACAAAAUGCUUCCCAUGGUGUUGAUAUUGGAUUAGCUGCACCUCACAGACAGAGGAGGAUUAUCAGGCGGAGUAGAGCCUCGGCUAUCAGGGACUGCAGAAGCCAAGCCCAGUUAGAAGCUGAGGCAAGACACAGAACAUUGAAGAUUCCUCUUGAUAAAGUCAAAGAAGUCUGGGAAGAAACUAGCGGACCAUAUCACAUACGAGAUGUAGCCAGUCAUUAUGGUAUCUUCAAAGAUUUAUUUGAUGGAGCCAGCUUUGUGCCCUAUGUACCCCUCUCAAUAUCCUACAGUCAGAUGUCAGGUGAACAUGUACCGGUUUUCAGGGGGAACAUUGUCACCCCAUCAGAGUCUGCUCAAGCACCUGAUAUUAGUUAUUCCGCUUCUGAUGAUAGUUUAUGGACACUACUUCUGACUAAUCCUGAUGGACAUCUACAAGACAAUGAUGCUGAAUAUGUACAUUGGUUAAUAGGCAACAUUCCUGGUAAUAGGAUAGGUGAAGGUGAAACAUUAGUUGACUAUCUAACCCCCUUCCCUGUUAGAGGUACAGGAUAUCAUCGGCUUAUCUUCAUCUUAUUCAAACAACAAUCAAGGAUAUCAUUUGAUGAAGAACAACAGCAGUUGCCAUGCCAUAGUUUAUCUGCCAGGAGAUUCAAGACCUUAGAUUUUUACGCUAAAUACCAAGACGUGAUCACACCUGCUGGUUUGGGGUUCUUUCAGAGUCGAUGGGAUCAGUCAGUUCAAUCAACUUUUCACCAAACCCUUUGUAUGAGAGAACCUGUGUUUGAAUACGAUGCGCCCAAGCAGUACAUCGCUCCACAACAGAAAUGGCCACAUCGAAAACCAAUCCAUUAUCUCAAAAAAUUCUUACCAAAAGAUUGACACAGCUUUGCCAUAUCGGACAUUUUUUGCUACUUCAUAAUAAUGUGAUGAUAUUUUGAUGGUUUCAUAACAUUACAGGGGUCCUAUUGUGUAUAAUAUUGUUUAUAUUGUUAUAAUAACACAUUUGAAAUAACAGUAUAGAGCUACUGACAUUCAAUUUGAUGAACUGAUUAUGAACUUGUUAUUGAAACUGUGCAUUUGUUAUACUAACAAGUCUAUGAACAUCAUAGAAGAGGCUUACGGUUCACCUUGUGAUUAGUCUCGAAAAGGUCAGUUGGAUGUAGGAUUGAUAGAGGUGAAAGUUGGAUGGUAGGGAAGUGAUUAUGAGAGUAGGUGUGAUGAUCAUCAUGUGAGCAUCGCUUCGUCUCUCCUCUAGGCAUCUACUCAUUUCUCUCAAGACUUGACUCAUCUACUAUUCUUUUCCGUGUCAUCACUUCUCAUCUGGUUUGCAGUCCUGUUCAGGACUUCACCUCAUCUCAUGAAAGAUACUUCUUACUCCCAUCUAUCUCUUUCCUUAUCUCUUAAUUUUAAUCUCUCUAAAUUCCUCAAUUCAACAGUCGUAUUUAGGACUAAACACAUGGUGAACAGUAAGCCUCUUCAAGGUCAUAUUGAUGGGUUUGUAGGAGUGGAUCAGAAUGUUUGUGACAGGAUUCAAGGGAUAUUCCAAUUGAAUGACAACUUUUCAGUGACCUUCAAGUUGUCAUUGACAGGAUUAUAGGUUAUGAUGAGGGGAGCGAUUCAUCAACAUUUGCAUCCGACAAGUUGUCAUCUCUGACAAUUUUCCUUAGGUUUUAUUGGCUUAGAAGCACUCAAUUUCUCAUUUAAACUAUCAGUCUAUGCAAUGCCCUAUGAUAUUUAAAAGGAUCUUCCCACAUAGGAUCAGCACAUGGAUCACAGACAUAUUCACACACAAAAAAAGUAAUAAUGUAAUCGGUUCUUAACAUGAUUGGCUUUGUACAAACCCAUGUACAAGAUUUGAUAGCUUAAACAAAUGCCACUUGUGUUGGUGAUUUAUGACCUUAGCAUCCAUAUAUAUUGUUGAACCUGACCAAUUAGUUCAAUAUCCAAAGUGCCAGCUUUCCCACUUCUUAACAACACUUCUUUAUCCAUUCAUUCCUACUAAAAAAAAAUAGUUGAGGAUUAGAGGAGCAUUUCAUGAAACAGGGAUAUUCACGUACACCUACAAGCUACUGAAAUCCUUGCAUCUGAUUGGCUCCUUAUGAAUUUGUAAGAGAAUAUCCCUGAAAAAAAUGAUUCAUGAAAUGCUUGCCUUUAGGUAAUUUUUGGUUGGCAAUGACAAGUUGUCUUGCUCCCACUGUUACCAUAGUAACAUGUUUGUGAUACUCAGCCAGUCAACAGAAAGGAUAGUUGUUGACAAGUGCUGAUGAAACAGGCCUCUGGAAAGGCAAUUUCAAACCCUGCAUGCAGUCAAUGUAGUUCAACUUUCAUCAUAAGGAAAUACCCCCUGUCUGUUUUUGUUGAA